AUGAAUUGCACUUAUCAUAUCAAAAGUCCGAUAUCUUUGAUAUGUAUAGCUCCUCACAAGUGCUAAAGGAAACUUUGUGUUGAAUGCCAAAAUGAUCAUGGAGUGGAUGUUAAAUAAAUUGUUCCUAUAAAUAAAUUUCAAGAAAUGGCUAUCCAGAAAUUAAGAGACUCCAAGCUUGAUGAUACAUCAGAGUUGACCAAAUAGAGAAUGGCUAUUAACUAAAUGCUGUCAUUUACUGAGACACAGUUGAAGAAAAUUUUGGAAGAACUAUCACAAUCAAUAAAAUAGAUAUAUGAUAUGAUUGAACAAUAAACCAAAUCAUAUCUCAAUAUCAUUAGUAAGAACACAAAUCUAUUCGAAACUCCAGAUACUGAGUUAGAGAAAUUAGCACAAAUAUUAGAAGGAAAAACAAUAAAUGUUUGGAAUGCUUAGAAACAAUUUUAUUUCAAUUAGUUGGAAUAAGUGAAGAAUUUAUGGGGCUAAGAAAUCAAGUCUUUAAAUGAAAAGAUUAAGUAACAAAUGAAUGAGAUUUUUUCUAAACAAUUUAAAGCAUAUUCUACUAUUCAGCCUAUUUAAGAAGAAGGAUAAGUUUAUUAAAUGAAAGAAGAUCUAUUUGAACUUUUAACUUAGAUCCAAGAUAUUGAUGAAACUUUCUAUAAGAAGAUUCUUGAAAUACUUAGAAGAGAGAAAGUUUCAGACAUCCUUGAAUUCCUUUCGAAGGAAAACAAUCAACACUUUGAUGAAUCCUUAAUCAACAAGCAAGAAAAUAUAAGCGAGUUAGGAAAGAAAAUAAUGAAAAUCAUAAAUGUCUUGAAAAAUAUUUAGGAUCAUAAAUUUAAUAAAGACGACUUUUCUUUAGAGACUUAUGAGAAGGCAAGUUAAGAUCUUAUAAAAAAGUUAUCAAAAAAUUAUGGGAUAAUAAAUUUUAUAAAGUUUUUAGUUCUCCUCACAAGUAUUGAUGUUAAUUUUAUUUAAUGUGGAUCAAAUGCAUUAAAUUUCUUAAUAAGAUUGAACCUAGAUAUUAGGAAAUAAUCUUUUGAGAACAUCAGGAUAAAGAAUACAUCUUUAAUUGGAGGUAAUUUUGCAAGAUGCAACUUAAAUGGAUCAAAAUUUGAUAAUGUAGAUAUUAGCGGAUUAAAUUUAAAUGGUGCUUAGAUGUUUAAUUGCUAAUGGAAGAACAUUAAAAUCCAUGAAUUGAAUAAAUUGGAUGGUCAUAGAAGUUGUGUCCUAUCAGUCUGUUUCUCACCUGAUGGGUAAACAUUAGCAUCUGGUAGUUAAGAUAACUCUAUCCGUCUAUGGGAUGUCAAAACAGGAUAAUAAAAAGCUUAAUUAGAUGGUCAUAAUGAUUGUAUCAACUCAGUCUGUUUCUCUCCUGAUGGAAAUACAUUAGCUUCUGGUAGUGAAGAUAAGUCUAUCCUUCUAUUAUAUCAAAAACAAGUAUUUUUCAGAUUAUAGAUUUAUAGAAAUUUAGGUUAAAAAUGCAAAAUAUCCUUUUUUUAACACACUUUUGCAGAAAAAUUAUAUAUAUAUAAUUUAGAUACAUCUAAUAUUAUGGUUAACCCAGACUUCAAUUUUUCAAGGUUUAAGAGAGAUUUUUAUAAAAAACCGUUUCCUUUUAGGAGAAUUAUAGGAGUAAAUUAUAAUUUCUUACAAUAACACUUGAUUAAUUUAAAAACUAACCUAUAUUAACCCUUAAUUUAAAUCUAUUUUAAUAUAGUUCUUGUGUCCAAUAUUUUUUGA